UAAAAUUUUUGGGAGUGUUCUUGACACCAUUUUGUGUGAAUUGCACACCUGAGUCUACACAGGAGCUUAUUCAUUUUUGCUCUCAAGCACCUUCAUUUAUCACAUGUUCUUUAACCUCCCAUGAUCAAUACUGCAAUACUGGUCGACCUUCAGAAAUAUAUUUAAAAAGAAACUGUGGCACACAGAAAGCUCAUCAGAACGCACAUUUCAGUCUUUGCUACCAUGAGACUUCUUCCUCUCUUCGUGCUGCCUUUCCUUUUCGGAAGCCUCGUGGCUGAAUGCCCCAGUUCUGUGCUGCUUCUGAAUGAAAGUGGAGAGAAGCUGUGUGCCAGGAUGUUUGAACACAGCAGUGCUUAUUUUGACCAGUCCUGCGGAGGAGCAUACUUGGAUGCCAAAAAUGGAGAUGACUUCCCCUACAUGCCCUCUGGUUGGAAGAACAAGAUUUCCUCGCUGGUUGUUUCUAGCCGUUGCACCCUGAAAGUGUGGAGCAAAGAAGGAAAACUUGGCAACAAUCGUUCCUUUUCAGCUGGCACAGUCUACCAAAUGAAAGACUAUAAAAAUUGACUUUUUGGUGACUGGAAUGACUCUGUCCAGGCAUACUUCUGUACCUGCAACUAAAAAGACAAAUGUUCUUUGCUUCAAGCCAUUAAAUGUACAUUUCUCUCUUUAAA